UGAUUGACAUGCGGAAAACUGACAAAAUAUAAAAAAGGAGGAAAUAGACGCAUAUGCCAUCGCAAGCGAAACAAAAUUAACACAAACAGCUUAUCCACUGUUCAAUCAAGUUUAAUUGAAUCGGCCGACAAUUAGCAACGCCAAACCGCCCGAUUGACCAUCAAACAAUCUACCUUUUUUACAAUCACCUUUAAUGAACAAACCAAACUUGUCGUUCAAUUCAGGAUAUCUUGGACAAGUUAGUUCAUUCGGUAUCUGCCCAUCGAUCGACUCAUUUGAAACUUCAAUAUGGACUCGAAUUUUGUUGGAGAUUAUACAAGGAUGAACUCUUUUCCUAAUUAUUAUCCUGAGCAGUAUCCUUUAAUCGGACAAUGGGGAAUGCCUCAACAACCAAUUUCUUAUCCUGAGCCUAUUGGCCCACCGAUGCAUCAAAUGCAGGACCAGCGUGAAGAAAGAUCUCAUCGUUUAACUUAUACAAAAUACCAAUUAGAACUCUUGAAUGCCAUUUAUUCGAAAUUUAAGUAUCCGAAUCAGCACCAAAAACAACUAUUGGCUAAAAGAAUUGGUAUAACUAGGAGUCAGGUGAAAAUCUGGUUUCAAAAUAGGAGACGGAAAGAAAUUACCGAAAAACCGUGUCAAAGAAAAUUUAUCGAAAGAAAAUGUGUUCCUCAAGCUGUUAUAGAUAGUGUAAUAGCGGAAUUAUCUCAAUACGAUAAUGAAUUUAAACAUAAAAACGUCGCUGCCUAUUUAAAAACUAGUCCGAAAUCUACUACAAGUUCCAGUUCGGAUGAAGACUUACCUAAAUUCGUACCGAAAGGUCAAGAUAAGCCAUCGUCGGAACCAAUGUGUGUGAAAAAUCCUCCAAAUGCUGUCGCACCCGCUUGUGGCCAAUUUAAUGAGCAAUUAGUGGCAAGAAAAACGGAUUUUACAGUGUACGUUCCAAACUCUUCGACCGUAAGAGAAUUUUCUUGCUUCAACAAGGACAAUUCACCGUUAUACUUUGAUACAAGUAGUUAUUUAUAUAAUUAA